CUUUCCAAAAAUCGAUCGAGUAUAAUGAAGCGUUAACCGUAAAAUUAAUAUUUGAUCACUUUCUCCGAUUGGCUGCUACACUUGACUGGAUUCACGUUACUUUUCCUCCUUUUUUUUUUGUUCUCCGAAGUUGGGUGCAACUGACAUUGGUUUCGUGCGAAUGUCAUGCUCCCCUCGAGUUUACGGUUGUCGAAACGUCGUCGCCUGGCCUCCAGCACCAGCUCGAGUAGUACGGUGUUACUUUCAGUACCGCUUUAACCUUUACGCAGUUCGAAAUUCGGAAAAUAGGAAGAAGGUAGAGUGACCAAUCGCGACGUCGAAAAAUACCAGUGUUUGCGAUUUUUUUCUAUGAGCUCCUUUCACGGUGGUGUUGUGGGGAAAAUCGAUUGAAAUCUUUGUCAUACUGUGUUGCUUUUUUUUGGUGCAGGUGCUCAUUACCUAUAUUCAUGUCUGUCGUCGAUAUGUAUUCCGAACUUAUCUUCCCCUUCGACAUGAAAUUUCUGUAGUGAAAUCAAUGGAAAUAAGAAUGUGAGAUUUUUGUCCCAAGUUCUGUGUUGUGUACUGUUUUUGUGAUCAGAUUCAAAAUGACUUACGCCAUUCAUUAUGAUUACGACAUGAUGUCGAGAAUAUCAACUCAAGAAAGCUUCCUGCAAAAUUUCAAUCGUCUGCGGCUUGAGACGUCUAGAGAACAGCCAGUACUAUAUGUAACCAUGGCAACUUGGAUACCCCAAUGCAAUGUGUACCAUCACAUUAUCGACCCUCCGAUCAACCCAAUACAUGAAGAAAAUCCAUCUAAGGCUGAAGAUCAAGUUGAAACUUCGAUGUGUGAGGAAGAUAGGGCUUCUGUCUCUAGUGAUGUAAUCGUUUUGGUAGAUUCCGGUUCAGAAUGCGGUUCAAGAAAUACAUCCCCUACAAAAGUACAAAAAUCAGUAGAAGAAAAUGAAGUUACACUGAAAGAUUCGAACGUCACACCUAAAAAAAACUCAAAGGAUUCUAAUAUGGAUUGUGAUAACGAUAUCUUAAAAAAUGAAUUAACAAAAGGAAGUGUACAACAAAUUAUUCAAGAUAAAACCCCGACCAGACGGCUCACACCGAAACAAUUGGAAAAAAGGUUAGAAUCUGAGAAGAAACGGCAAAUGAAAGAGAAGGAGAAAGAAGAACGUGAAAGACAAAAACAAUUAGAAAAAGAACAGAAAGAAACGGAAAAGCAAAAAAAGAAGGAACAAAAAUUAAAAGAAAUAGAGCAAAAACAGAAAGAAAAAGAAGAAAAGGAAGAGCAGAAGCGGCAAGAAAAAGAAUUGAAAUUAAAGCAAAAAGAAGAAGAAAAAAUGCGCAAACAGCAAGAAAUAGAUGAAAAAAAUAAGGAAAAACUCAAAGAAGAGGAGAAAAAACAGAAAGCAGCUGCAGCUUUCGUUAGUUUCUUUGUACCUAAAAAAUUCAAUAAUGCCGAGGAUAAGAAAAACGAAGAAACAACCUCUGCUUUUAUGCCCUUCGAAGUAAAAUGUGAUAUGAAAUUACCACCCCCUAGAAGGGAGCCUCUAACCACUGAUGAAAAAAAAUUAUUGGAAAAGUUAAUACAACAUAAUGAAACGCAAUAUUCGUAUAUUAAAGAUUUGAAAAAAUCAAAAUCAAAUAUACGAAGAUGUCCAAGAACUUGGGUCAAUAAAGAUUCGGAUGAGGUCAUUAUAAUAGAAGAUGAAAUAUUGCUUGGUGAAACAAUUUGUGAAGAACAACCUAAAUCAGAAAAAAUGCGGGUGAAGUUACUGCAAUUCCACGAAAAUCAAAGGCCAGCUUAUUAUGGAACCUGGAGGAAAAAAUCUAAAAAUAUCAGAGGCAGAAAGCCUUGGGGUAAAGAAGAUCUAUUUGAUUAUGAGGUAGACUCCGACGAUGACUGGGAAGAAGAAGAACAAGGAGAGAACUUAGAAGUUCUGUCUGAUGAUGAGAAAGAAAAUGAGCCUGAAAACGACGAUUAUGAGGUUGACAAUGAUUUCUUUGUACCUCAUGGACAUCUUAGCGACGACGAAGUUGACGACGAAGAAUUUUCUAAACUUUCUCCCGAAUCGCAAAAACAAAAAUUGAAAUUACUAAAAGAUGAAUUCGAUGAAGACAUCAAAUCUAAGACACAAAAAAUUAAACCUAGAUCAAUUGGUUGCAUAUGGUACAAUAAAAUUGGUGAUAAUAUUGAUAAGGCAAUAGACAAAUAUCUUCGUCCAUUUAAUAUUAUAACAUCUGGCCGAAUUGAAAUAAAAAAGAGAGAUCUCGAAUCAAUUGAUGGAAAUCCACAGAAAAAGAAGAGAGUGACCAAGCCACUACCCGAAAAUCUCAUGCAAGUAUUAGCAAAACUAGUGCAUGGAAAUAUAAAAAAACGUGAAAAAUUGGUUACGGAAUUUUUGGAAUAUAUACAUACAAAUAAUGUAGGUUUGGAAUUGUCGAAAACCAACAUUUCGAAACAAAUAUCACAAAUCGCCAAAUGGAGUUUUAAUGUUGGAAUAAAAGCUUACUGCUGGAUUGUUAGUGAAGACGUAGCUGACAAAUAUAAAAUUGAUUAUGUGCUGCCUAAUAUACAAGAUACUGUUGAAAAUAGCUUAAAUAAUACUAAGUGAAAUAUUGUUUCAUUAUCACAUAUCUAUUUGUAUUUUGUUAUAUUGAAUGUAAUAUUGCAUUUCAAUAAGAGGCUCAAGAUCAACAUCCUUUUGUUGUUGCAUUUCAGUGCCUUAUAUAUGUGACUGGUGCCUUAUUGCAAAUUGUUUUCGUUUUCCAGUUCCUUAAAAAUUUACUGUUGUGAAUUUAUUAAAUAAAUUUUCUAUGUUCACUCAAUUUUUUUUAUCUCUAAAUAUACGACAAAUAAUUGUUA